AUGCAAUUCCGCCCCUGCCCCCGAGCUCUAACCAACCCCACCACUGCCCGCAUAACGUCACAACUCAGACGCCGCAGCUUCCAUAGCUCCUUUCCGUCCCCCGACAGAACCUCUCUGGCUUUUUGUUGCGGCCGACGCGUACCUCGGAAUCGGAAAACACGGGUGUGCCCAGCGCUACCUACCCAGGCGACCCGAGAGAUGGAGUCCAUCUCGCGCAUUUCCUCGCUUCUUGAGAGCGCCCGAGAGCUCACCCUCGAUGCUGCCUCGGCCGCCGCGUCACGGGGCUCACGCGCCUCCACCAGGCCGCCGGACAAGGCGCAAAUCAAGAGGCUUCUGGACAGCCGCAAUGAGAGGGAGGUUCUGGAUGGACUAAGGAAAGUCAUCGCGAUGAUGUACCGGUCACAAAAUAUUCUUCAGUUCUUCUCCUCUGUGGUCAAAAAUGUCGCAUCCCCGAACCUAGAGAUCAAGAAGCUGGUCUACAUCUACCUCCUUCACCAUGCCGAACAGGAGCCGGACCUGGCAUUGCUGUCAAUCAACACGAUCCAAAAGUCACUAUCCGACAGCAACCCGCAGGUCAGAGCGCUCGCCCUUCGCACCAUGUCAGGCAUCCGCGUCCCCGUUAUCAGCCAGAUCGUCUCGCUGGCCAUCAAGAAAGGGGUCGGCGACAUGAGUCCAUAUGUGCGCCGUGCCGCUGCCCUGGCGAUCCCGAAAUGUCAUCGUCUCGACCCCUCUCAGCUGCCACAGCUUCUCGAAUAUCUCACCACUCUGCUUGGUGACAAGCAGUACUAUGUCGCAGGUGCUGCAGUCACCGCGUUCCUGGAGGUCUGCCCAGACCGGCUGGAUCUGAUACAUAAACACUACAGAGCCCUGGUACGAAAAAUCGUAGACAUGGACGAAUGGUCACAGCUGUCGACUUUAAGGUUGAUGACGGUAUAUGGGAGAAAAUGUUUCCCAAGGCGGACGCGUAUAGUCAAGACCAAGGCCGUCAAGAACCAUACUCCGGAUUUACAGGAUUUUUACGGGGAAGGCGGCGGGACUAAUAGUCCAGAUACCGGAGACGCCGAAGGCGAAAAGGUCGUGGUACUUGAUACAGACCUUGAGCUAUUUCUCAAUAGCAUCAAGCCGUUAUUACACAGCCGCAACUCGGCUGUGAUUGUUUCCGUAGCGCGCUGCUAUAUUGCGCUCGGCACAGACUCAUACAUCAGCUCCGCGAUCGGCCCCUUGAUCGCUCUCCUCCGUGGCCCUCAGGACACCCAACAGGCGGCCCUGUACAGCAUCGUGUCCGUAUGCCUAUCUCGUCCAGCCGAGUUUGCGCGUUAUGCGACGCACUGUCUCGUCCGGGGCACCGACACCCCAGAGGUGUGGGAGCUCAAGCUGGAGGUGCUUACGCUCAUCUUUCCGCACGCCGCCCCUCACGUGAAGUCGUUGAUCCUGUCGGAGCUGGAGCAUUUUUCCCGAGGGGGUUUCGGCUCGCCGCAGGACAGGGAGCUCAUGCGCGCUGCCGUGCGGGCCAUUGGACGUUGUGCACAGGCAGAUGCGGCAGCAUCUCGUCGGUGUCUACGGCUUUUACUUGGGCAGAUCACAAGUUUAGAUGGUACACUUGCCGCCGAGAGUCUGACGGUCAUACGACAUCUGAUCCAGCGCGAUCCGAGCUCGCACCUCUUCACCGUAGUCCGGCUGGCGAGAAACCUCGACUCUGCCACCGAUCCACUUGCGCGCGCCACGAUCGUCUGGCUGGUCGGGGAGUUUGCUGGUAUAAAUGAUGGCGACAACGUUGCGGCAGAUGUCUUGCGCAUUCUACUCAAGGAUUUCGCAAACGAGGCCGAGGUCACCAAGCGACAAAUCCUGUUGCUAGCUGCCAAGGUCCACUUACAUCAUCUCAACAGAACUUCGGGGGAUGAAUCUGCCAAAAAGAUGCAGCAAAAGCCAUCCGUUACGAGUGAACCCCUGGAAACCGAAGGUUGGGGGGCUCCCGAUGAAUCGGAAGCGCAGGCAACCCAGGAACCAGAGGAGGCCCACCCAACCGCGAUACUAUGGGAUUAUACGCUAGUAUUAGUCCGGUACGACACAUCCUACGACCUCCGCGACCGCGCAAGGAUGUACAGGGCCCUGCUCGGAGUGCCCCAGCUGGCAACACUGAUGCUACUCGCGCCAAAGCCAGCACCGCAGGCACCAAGCCCGUCAGAAAUACGCAAGGGGUACACUCUCGGGUCGGCAGCGCUCGUGAUCGCUGGAGCCGGCGGAGUUCACGGCCUCAGAGGCUACGAGCCGUUGCCCGACUGGAUUGAGGAGGGCAAGGAGCCAGAUCCGAUGGUGCGCGAGGGAGAUGGGACGGUUAAGAAUUCGUAUGGCGAGCCCCGCGCAGUACCGGCUGCCGAGAGCCUCGACAACGCUGUCGGGUCGUCGAUGUCCACCUCGAAGGCCGCCAAGGCUUCCAAUGGAAUGGGUGAAAAGUCGCUGGAUGACUGGCUUGCCGAGAGCGAACAUGAAGAAGAGGAAGAUGACGACAGUGGCGAGAGUGAGGAGGAGAGCUCCGAUGAAGAGGAGGAGGAAGAGGAGGAAGAAGAAGAGGAGGACGAGGAUGAUUCAGAGGAGGAAGAAAGUGGCGACGAUCAGGGGGAAGGAGAUAGACUUGUUAGUCGGUCUUAG